AUGGAGUCCUUGAAUAUGUCGAAGCUUAAUUUGUCGAGUGUCAGGAGUCACGCCUCUAACGAUACUGUGAUAAAACCUGAGAUUUCUGAGUUCAAAUUGGAAACUAAUAUGCUCACAGAUCCUGAUGAUGAGUACCAUUGUGAAUAUAGAGAGGAUAUCUGGAAAAAUCUAUUGGAACAAGAGGCACAAAAGCCAAUUAUACAUCUUCAGUCACCGCAAGUAAGUAAAGCUUGUACAUAG